UAAGUCCUGCAAAUUUUUAGUUUAUUUAGGUGAACUUCUCUCUCUCUCUAGAUAUAUGUAUAUACAUAUAUAUUAUGGGGAAUAUGCAAUUCACAACUCCAAAGUAGUAGAGGAUUCAUGUAAUCUGUUUUUUUCUCCCUUGCAAGUUUAAUUAAGAAGCAUCUUCCUGGAAAAUGUCGUCUUCAUCGUCUCUUACUUUCACCGUGAGAAGGCAAGAGCCUCGACUGGUUGCGCCGGCAAAGCAAACGCCUUGUGAACUCAAACCACUCUCUGACAUUGACGACCAGCAGGGCCUCCGGUUUCAAGUUCUCGUGAUAAUGUUUUACAGGAAAAAUCCUUCCAAGGAUGGAGAGGAUCCCGCCAAGAUCAUUGAAGCAGCACUCGCUGAGACCUUGGUUUUCUAUUACCCGUUAGCCGGCAGGCUUAUCGAAGCCAGCAACCGGAAACUCAUGGUGGCCUGCACCGGCGAAGGGAUUUUGUUCCUAGAGGCGGACGCCGAUAUCGAGCUUGAGCAGGUCAGCGACCCGCUUCAGCAGGGGUUUCCGUACUUGGCGAAGCUUCUGCAGGAUGUUCCCGGAUCCGAUGGAAUCGUCGGUUGCCCACUCCUUCUCAUUCAGGUGACUCGUUUCCAAUGUGGUGGCUUCGCCUUUGCAGUUCGCCUGAACCACACCAUGAGUGACGGCUCUGGGCUAAUCCAAUUCCUGAACGCCAUUGCCGAGUUUGCUCAAGGCAAAGCAGACUCCCCUUCUGUUACUCCCGUUUGGCAAAGGGAGGUUUUAUUCGCGAGAAACCCUCCUCGGGUCACUUGCUUGCACAAUGAAUACGAGCCAGAGCUCGACCUCGAAGACCAAUCCAACGGUGAUGGUAAUGAAACGAUGAUCAGUCGAUGGUUCUUCUUCGGUACUAAAGAGAUAGGUGCCCUUCGGAGCCAUCUUCCCCCGCAGAAACGACCGAGAUUCACUAGGUUCGAGAUAAUUACAGCUUGUAUCUGGAAAUGCCGCACAAUUGCGCUCGGCAUUGGCCCGAAUGAGAGCGUUCGAAUUUCAUGCAUUAUCAAUGGUCGCGGCAAGGCUGGGCUAGAUAUACCGGAUGGAUACUACGGCAACGUUUUUGUCUGUCCAGCAUCGGUUUUGAAGGCCGAAACGGUUUCAAAAUACCCACUGGAAUAUGUUGUGGAGCUGGUGAAGAAGACGAGGAGCCAAGCGAUUGAUGGCGAGUAUUUCAUGUCAGUGGCUGAUCUUAUGGUGACUAGGGGAAGACCGUUGUAUGCAAGGAAAGGGAACUUUAUUAUUUCUCAUGCGGCUCAACUUGGAUUCGACAAAGUCGACUUUGGGUGGGGGAAGCCGGUGUACGGCGGGCCGGCUGCGGCCUUCUCUCUAAUGAGCUUCCUCUCGAGUUUCAGGGACAAUGAAAGAGGAGAUGGGAUUCUGACGGCGAUAUGCUUGCCGGGGUCGGCCAUGCAGAGGUUCGAAGAUGAACUGAAGAAGAUGACCAAGGAUGCUUUGAGAGAUGUGAACGGUCACAUCCCAGCGAGAAUUGCAUCUAAGCUCUAAAGUAAUUGGUUGAAGAUUAAUUUGAAUUUUCAAGAUGCAUGUAUGUGUCUUGGUUUAUCUGUGUAUGCAAGUUCAAUGUCACUUUAUUAAUUAUGGGUCAUGUAUUAGUUAUUUUGCUUCAUGUAAUUAGUGUGCCGAAUAGAUUCAUAUACUUGGACAUAUUAAGAAUCAUGUUUGUACCUGUAAGCACCCCAUUGUAUUUGAGCUUGAUUAAUCCUCCUCCUAAACACUCUUCUCUCUUAAAAAAGUCUCUUCCUCCUAAA